AGGUGACAGUUGGUCCGUACUAAUCUGUUUUCUCUCUCCACCAAAAUUCUCUCCACAAUUUAUGAUCACUUUCUCACCAAUAUUUCUUCCCUCAGCUUCAACAUCGUCUCCAAAAUCAUGGAAACCCUAAAAAUGUCCUCUGCAACUCUCAAAUCAUCAUCUUCUUCCUCUCCUCUCCCCAUCUUCUUCCAGAAGCAACCUUCUAGGCCCAAUCUACUUCGUCUUCCUCUCGCUUCCAAAGUUUUUUUGCUUGCAGGUAGAGAUGAUGAGUUCGAUCUUCAAUCAGAUUCCAACGAGCUCAGGAUUGUUCCCCUUGUUGAUAAUCAUCACCUUUCUCUCUCUCCUCUUUCUAAGGAUACUGCAAUGGGCUUGGUAUUAAGUGCUGUAACUGGCAAAGGAUGGACAACAGGUUCUGGGAUGGAAGGCCCUCCUGAGUCUGCUGGUGAUGCUGAAUCAAGUACAGCAAAGAUCUCCACUUUCCCUUGGUCUCUCUUCACAAAAUCACCUAGGCGAAGAAUGCUUAUUGCAUUCACCUGUAACAUCUGUAGCCAGCGAACUACUCGUGCCAUUAAUCCUCAUGCAUAUACCGAUGGUACAGUCUUUGUUCAGUGUUGUGGCUGCAAUGCUUAUCACAAGCUUGUUGAUAAUCUGAAUUUAUUUGAUGGUAUGAAAUGCUAUAUAAGUUCAAGUUUCAAAGGAGCCGAUGCUAACUUCGAGUAUCAGGAUAUUGAUAAUGACGACAAUGGAUUUUUCGGCAUCUAAAACAGUGGGACGUAUGCUCCUAUAUAGUAUGUAUAUUCUGCAUCUAUUUAUCUGAAUCUCAAUAGCUUUAAGUUGUAACAUAGGUUUAUUGUACUUGUAUUAUAAACAUUUUCUAUUUAAUAAUCUAUCGUGUUCAUACAUCCCAAUAAAAUUUUAGCUGAGACUGAUUA